CACGGUGGUGGUCGGCACCGUCGACGGAGGCGAUGGGCUCAGUUGCGCAGAGAUAUUCAUGCCCUCAAGUCUGUCGUCAAUCGGACGACCGGGUGUCUACGGUUAGUCGUAUCAUGUUGAUACCGAUCGCGUACCGCGUAACGAAGCGGAGUAACCGAACUCGAAGGAUCGUGUCGGAGGGUGAGUAGGUGCGGGAUAUUUUGUCGGUGAAAACGUCAGAGGAUUUGAAAAAAGAUAAUAGUGAGCUAAUCGCGACAACGACAGGAAACUAGCACAAGAGUGAAAUAUCCGUCGUCGAAGUCGUCGCUCGACGAAACGCGGGGUGGAAAGAUGAGGUCAGUGGAGGGAGGGUAGCAAAAAAAGUGGGACAUUGGUGGUAAAGCGAAAUUGAUUACGACAUGUGAAGCCGGUGAGGUGCGAGCAAGAAACGAGAUGUGGCGUUUCGCGCUGGUGCUGGUGGUCGUCGUCGGUUGCUGCCACGCGUGUCCCGAGUACUGCGAGUGUCACCAGCUACCGGACCCGGAAGACCUGGCUGCCCUCCUGGAGGCGACUUGCCUGGGAAACGUCCCGAGGCUGGUCGAUCUCUCGUCAACGACGCGUCGGCUCAGGAUAAUCGGAGCGAACGAGUCUGAGAUCCUCGGACUCCUGGAGGAGCUCGCUAACGGUACGGCACCGCUGCCGUACCUGGAUGAAUUUCACUUCACCAACUGUUCCCUGAGGUCGUUGAACUCGUCUGCGUGGUUCGCGGGACUCGAGAGAGCCAGGACGCUGAAUAUUUCGCGAAACAAUCUGUCCGAUCUCGAAGAUAUGCGGCGGACGGCUGCCGGUGGUCAAGUGAACAUGAGCAACCUCGUGGUCCUCGACGCGUCUAAUAACCUAGUGAGUAACCUGAGUGCCGACACCUUCGGGACGCUUCCGAUUCUCGUGCGACUGUGCCUGAAGGGAAACAGUAUCGGGAGUGUGAACGCGCGAGCUUUCGCCGGUCUCGGGCUCCUCGAGGAGCUCGACCUCUCGGACAACGAGCUCACGUCCAUACCAGAGACUGCGCUGACGCCGCUUGAGUCCCUCGAGAAGCUGGACUUGAGCGGAAACCAGCUGGAGGUGCUCGGCGCCGGUUGGUUCGAGAGCUUGGGGAGACUUCGAGAGCUCGACGUGUCGCGUAACGGUUUGUCCCGCGCGGCUUCCGGCGCCUUGCAACCGCUUCCUGGACUCUCGGUGCUGAGAUUGGCGGGCAACCCGCUGCGGGAACGCGACGUUUCCCUGUUGUUGGGUACGGGUAGGAAACUGGAGACGGUCGACGCGUCGAGAACCGGGUUGAUCCGGGUCCCGGCGGCGCUGACGCGGUCCGUCCGCGCUCUGAGACUGGCGGGAAACAGACUGACGUCGAUACGUGGCGGCGACCUGGACAGCUAUCCGCUGCUCCGUCUCCUCGACAUGUCGGACAACCGACUGACGGACGUCGAGGAAGACGCGCUGGGCCGACUCGAGGCCCUCGAAGUGCUUGAUCUGUCCGGCAAUUUUUUAACCAAAGUGCCGCGUAGUCUCCCCGGAAGUUUGUCGUUUCUGAACCUCGAGCGAAACCGCAUCGACACACUGAGAUUCAACGAUCUUCAGGGACUCUACAACGUACGCGAGUUGUCGCUAGGUAAGAACUCGAUCGUCGACAUCCAGGAGGGAGCAUUCGGUCAGCUGAUCGCCCUGGAGGUGCUCGACGUAUCCGACAACCCGAUGAAUCAGCUCCCGGCGAACACCCUCAACGGUCCAACGCACCUCGGCACCCUCCGGAUGUCGGGGCUGACCGCCCUCAAGUGGGACCGGCGAGACCAGGGUGACAUGACGUUUCCGGUCCCAGCACCCGAGAGACUCGUAGACUUGGACGUGUCGAGGAGUCCGGUACUGGCGGCUCAACUCUUGGCCGACACGGCAGCCUUGUCGGCGUGCAAAAGUCUGCUGAGACUCGACCUCGAGAGCACGAAUCUGACGAGCAUCAGGUCGGACCUCGUCUACUUCGUGCCUCAGCUGCGAGUCCUGGGACUCGGCGGUAACCCGUGGAACUGCACUGACGAAAUUUACUGGCUCGGCGAAUGGUUGAGAAAUCACGAGGAGCGUGAACCCCUGUCAAAAUGCACGCGCGGAAUACACGUCCGCGACUUGCCCCCACCACCAACGCCAGAAGCGACCUCGUCAAGAAGCGUCGCGACGCCGCAGGAGAAGUCAAAAGUCGGGACGUCUUCCCGCCCCCCGACAACCGGAGACGUCAACAUCGCCACGGAGUUGUUCCUGCGGUGGGAAACGGAGGGUGAAAAUACGACCCUUGUAGAAGAAUCGACGUCCGUUAAGGUAGCGCGAAGUUCCUCCUCCUCGGCCCCUGCAAGACUGAGCGCGUCAGCAAUCCUCUUCAACGUUUCUCACCGGCUCGCGCCGUCCCGAAACCGAGCACCGAGCACUCCAAGACCAACGAACACCCUGGAAAUCAUAGUCGAGGAACUUUCGGCCAACGGAACUUCGACGACGAACGCGACGCGGUAUGAGGAUGAAGAUGAGGAUGUGGAGAUGGGGGUGGAGAAGGAGGAGGAAGAGGAAGAGGAGCCAAGGAAGAGCGGAAGGGAGGCGAACACCGUCGCCGAGGAACUCAGCGGACGCGCAACCGACUCCGGGGCGCGAGUCGCGGAGGGUUUAUCGGCGGGGGCGCAUCCGGGGAUGCUGAUCCUGGUCGGCGCGGCUCUCGGGGCGGUUGCGGCCUUUUCGGUGGUUCUUUCGCGGCGAGCAACGGCCAGGAGAAGAGACUGCUGCUACCAGCGUCAGGAGAACAUAGAGGUUCACACUCUGACGCCGGUAACGGAACUCUGGUGAUUCUCGUCGCGGGAUGGACGAGGACCGACGACGACGACGAUGUUCGAGGAGGUCGUGAUCGGUUAUUAUUUCAACGCCGAACGGACGGUGUGUCAAUCGACAAUAAUGCAGUGUCGAGAAUGGGGGACGAUGAGGAGGUAUAAAUAAUAAAUAAGAAGCGCAGGGUUGGACCUCGACGUGGAUAAGGCGAAUUCACGGACGGUGUUUACAAGAGUUCGAGUUAUAAUUGUGUCCGUUUGAAAGGUACUACGUAUACUAUUGCAUGAUGAUGGUUGAUAGUGGCGGUUGUCGUAUUUAUUUGAUGAAUUGGUACGAACCGAGUGUUAUGAUGAUAAUAAU